UCUCCACACGAUGGUAGGGUACGCUGCCGCCGCUGUCGCGCUGCGUCCACCUUCCCCAUGGCCAGUCUAGCGCCGCCGUCCACUACCCCAUGGACGCCGCAGCGCCGACAUCCAUCAUCUCCAUCGACGCCGCAGUGCCGCCUUCCACCUCCAUCGUAGCCGCACUAGCGCCACCCCCCACCUCCUCCACGGCUGCACCAGUGCCGCAGUCCACCUCCCCCAUGGCUGCACCAGCGCCGCCAUCCAACUCCUCCACUGCCAGACCAGAGCAGUUGUUCAUCUCCUCCAUGCCCGCCCCAGCGGCGCCGCCGUCUACCUCCACUAUGGCCGUCACCGGCAACGGUCGCAAGAAGCGACCUCGACAUGAAGUCCCAAGGUCUGGCUGCAAGAAGAAUAAGAAGAUUGCUGAUUAUCUGAUUAUCCCCAACAUGCCAAGCUUUUAUUCAGCUGAGUUGAAGAAGCAAGUAAGUUGAACUUCAGUCUUCCUUGAUGACCAUGCUGGGCGCCAGAUAGAUGUUUAGAACAUCCUGAAGAAAUGAGAAAAGUCCAUCUAGGAUGUAGCCUAAUCUGUGUACUGGAAUGCUCUGUCCUGCUCAAACUAUGCAGUGCUAUAGCCUGUAAUGGAGUCUGUGGUAUGUGGAGUACUGGAGUAUGUGGGUAUGUUAUGUAAUUCUCAACAGCUGUACUGUUAUAGCCUGCAACAGUGCAACUGUUCUUUUAUGUAGUGGGUAUGCGGCAACCCACAUAACCUCAUAUAAUUUAUGUGGAAAGCCCUUUUUUUUU